GGGCAGAAACAAGGACUCUCCCUUGGGGCGGGACCUGUAUCAGACCUGCUAGGCAAAACCGGGUGAAGGUGGUGGCAGCUGAGGCCAGGCGGAAGAGCAUCAUGAGCGGACAAGUCGGGGACCUGAGCCCACAGCAACAGGAGGCCCUGGCCAGGUUCCGGGAGGCCCUCCAGGAUGUGCUGCCUGCUUUGCCCAAGGCUGAUGACUACUUCCUUCUGCGCUGGCUCCGAGCUCGGAACUUUGACCUUAAGAAGUCGGAGGACAUGCUCCGGAAGCAUGUGGAGUUCCGGAAUCAGCAGGACCUGAACCACAUCCUUACGUGGCAGCCACCAGAGGUGAUCCAGCUCUAUGACUCGGGUGGUCUGUGUGGUUAUGACUACGAAGGCUGCCCUGUGUGGUUUGACAUCAUUGGGACAAUGGACCCCAAGGGGCUCCUGAUGUCUGCCUCUAAGCAGGACAUGAUCCGCAAGCGUAUCAGAGUCUGUGAGCUGCUUCAGCAUGAGUGUGAGCUGCAGAGUCAAAAGUUGGGCAGGAAGAUCGAGCGGAUGGUGAUGGUGUUCGAUGUGGAAGGGUUGAGCCUGAGGCACCUGUGGAAGCCAGCGGUGGAGGUCUACCAGCAGUUUUUCGCCAUCUUGGAAGCAAAUUAUCCUGAGACAGUGAAAAAUUUAGUUAUUAUUCGAGCUCCCAAGCUUUUCCCAGUGGCCUUCAACCUGGUCAAGUCAUUCAUGGGUGAGGAGACACAAAAGAAGAUAGUGAUUCUGGGAGAUAACUGGAAACAGGAGCUCCUCAAGUUCAUGAGCCCUGACCAGCUGCCUGUGGAAUUUGGGGGAACCAUGACUGAUCCUGAUGGUAACCCCAAGUGCCUGACUAAGAUCAACUAUGGCGGCGACGUGCCCAAGCACUAUUACCUGUGCAGGCAGGAGAAGCCGAACUAUGAACACACAGUAGUGGUAGGCCGAGGCUCCUCCCACCAGGUGGAGAAUGAGAUCCUGUUCCCAGGCUGUGUGCUCAGGUGGCAGUUCUCCUCCGAGGGCGGCGACAUCGGCUUUGGGAUCUUCCUGAAGACCAGGAUGGGGGAGAGGCAGAAAGCCGGGGAGAUGGCAGAGGUGCUGCCCAACCAGCGCUACAACGCCCACCUGGUGCCUGAGGACGGGAGCUUCACCUGCCUCAAGGCUGGAGUCUAUGUCCUGCGCUUUGACAACACCUACAGCCUCCUGCACGCCAAGAAAGUCGGCUACACUGCAGAGGUGCUGCUCCCAGACAAGGCCUGUGAGGAGAAGUUGCAGGGCCUCAGGGCAACAAGUCCUCCUAGGGACCAAGAGAACACUGGCCGCCUCUGACCCUGCUCCACCCAACUCCUUCAUGCACCCCUGCCCCUCACCCCCCAAGACAGGGUGGUGCUGAAGGUGGCUACAGAGAUCUGCAACCCCCAUCUCCAUCUGAGCCUCCCCAUGGGACCCCUUAGACACAGACCAGCACUUUCAUUCCCUGGACCUGGAGAAUAGGGCCGAGGGUGACAGCGCACGCCCAUUAGGAAAGGACCCUGCCCUUGCUCUUGUUCUCUUGAAGACACCCACCCACCCAGGAUUCCGCCAUGCCUGGUAUCCCAGCUGGGAUCCAGUACAGGAGAGCCGUAUCCUGUUUGCCACAGGAGCACAGCUGAGGGAUGGUUUCUCUCCAGCUGGAGGUCAGCAAGGCUGGAAGGGCCAGCUGGAGGCAGCUGGGGAGCCUGGGAAGGAGGAGGGAGGCCCCAGCUCUAGUAGAGCAGCAAGGCCUUUCUAAAUCGGGCUGCCUUUGAAAGGAAUGGCAGAAGUGGAGAGGCAGGGCUGUUUCCUUUUUCUUCAGGCAGUUGCCCUUGCCAAGCCUUCUUCAAAUUCCCCAUGUAGCCCAGGCUGGCCUUCUUCAGUGUCCUGAGUCCUGGGAUUGCAGGUGUGCACCACUAGGACUGGCCAACUUUAGUUCUUUCUGGCCUGAGUGGAGCUCAGAACAAAAGCUAAGCUGCGGGGAGAUACUGGUACUGGGGUGCAGGGUGAAUUAUUCUGGAGGUUCAUCCUGGCUUCUAGCAUGCUUCUUGGAGAGCCUUCCAGCUUUCCAUACAUCUGCAUGUCUCUAAGGAGAGAGUUGGAAGGCAGCUGCCAGCAUCCCUUCCCCGUGUGACCCAGAAGCUGGCCAGUGACAGUGUCUGCAUGUAAUAUCUCAAAGGCUGGCCCUCCUGGCAUCCACAGGUAGCCAGCCAACCUACCAUUUCUCUGUUGGAUGGACUGAAACUAACCGAGCAGAUUUUGCCAAGCUCGAUCCAAUACACCUCUGUAGAUUGGCUCAGAAAAGCCAUUACCUGGAGUCUAGGAGCCUGGGCUGUGCGGCACUGCUCUCUCCUGGACCUAUGGCUGGGACAGAAGACCUGUGUCCCAUGCAGAGUAACCCAGACACUGGCUCAGGAUCGCUGAUGUUGCCUUCUCUGUCCUCCUGUGCUGCUGGGCAAAAUGUCCCUGGACGUGGAAUAGUAAGAUGUUCCUGGAAAGGGGGCCCUGUUUCAAAGUGCUGUCACACCACCUAGAAGCCUUGGCAGACGCCACUGUCUAGGCACCUUGCAAGCAAGAAGCCGUGCCCCAGCCCCUUUCCAGGUUCCAGAUGCCAUCAUUUGAUUUUCUCUGUGUGCUAGAUGUCUUCAUUAUCGAAGACAUUUUAAUGGGAGAACAAUGAUAAGCCUUGAGGAUGAGGGAGGAGGCUCUUCAGGGCAGCCCCUAGCUACUGUAUCUGAACCAUUUAUAGCCAAGGCUUAGAGGCUUAGGCAGGAAUUGCUUAUGGCACUGCCUCUUGGCAAUUCCUGCCUAUGAUCAGCCUAAGCAGAUUGGCAAGAGGGAAAACAUUGUACGGUUCUGCUGGAUCCCAAGAGCCUGGAACUGUCAGGCAAGCGUCAGAAGACAUUUCCAAGUCCAGGGCUGCCCCUGCACUCUGAGCCCCUCUUGUCUCCCUCCAGCUUCUUGCUGGCAGACCAAAAGGGUUGUCACUGUGGUAAGGACUAUCUUGAGUUUGUUCGUCUCACUUCAUGUCAUGAGUACUCAAAACGAUUCAAUGUGGCCUUAAAAUAAAAGGCUCCCGGACUUUAA